UAAUCACUAUUUACUUUGGGCUUGGAUCAGUGCUCUCUAUGUAUGGUUGUUACCAAUUUCUCAAUAGAGUUGAAGACAAUACUUUGAAUAAUCAAGUAACCGACGCUGAAAUUGGAACGAGUACAAUGUUGUCUAAUGGCGCAAAAGAAGCACGCGAAAAUCGUCAACAAAUUAAUGCUGGUUUUUGGGCCUAUCUCUUCCAAAUAAUAUUUCAGGUAAAACUUUUUGUACCGGAUUUUUUCUGGCUAGAAUGACACUCCAAAGUAUCCGUUUUAAACAUUCAAAUAUAUAGAUGAAUCUAGGUGCAACGAUUCUGACUGAUGGCAUGUUUUGGUUGAUUAUCGUUCCAUUCUUAAAGAUCAAAAAUCACAAUCUUAACUUCUUCAUCAUAAAUAUGCACACCAUUAAUGCCAUUUUUUUGCUUGGUGAUACAGCUCUCAAUUCUUUGAGAUUUCCGUGGUUUCGAUUAUCCUACUUUAUUAUUUGGACAGUGAUUUACGUGAUAUUUCAAUGGAUAGCUCAUAUUUGCAUCCCGCUAUGGUGGCCAUAUCCAUUUCUUGACUUAUCAUCUACAUUUGCUCCCUUAUGGUAUUUUUUGGUGGCUUUGAUGCACAUUCCAUGUUAUGGGGUUUUCGUUUUGAUUAUGAAGCUAAAAUAUGUCUUGCUCUCGAAAUGGUCCAUGAUUCCUACACGUGCAUGA